UUGGCCGUGCGUCCGAACGAGUGAAGCAGUCCGCUUGAGUCCGCUCCGAGGCCCGCGCAAGUCGCCACACUCCGCUUUCGUAAACGCUUCGUAUUCGCCGGAAACCGACGCCGACGUCGUUGUGUCGUGUCCCACGCCGAUCGAGGAGUAGUAAAGGAGCUGGCGCAUAAUACUCAAACUCGAUACAUUUGAGUAGAAAACAGAAACGCUCCGUCGUAAUCAUGAGCACCAAGGAGAAUAACGACGUUGCGGCAGAGAAGGUGAUUGAUAACGACAAAACCUCCGGUGACGCGAAAUGCGAAAUCAAGGGAACGAAAAGGCCGGCCGAGGAUAAAGGUGACGAAGUUAAGAAACAGAAAAAAGAAGAAAAUGGCGACGGCGAUAUCGAGGAGGAAGAUGUGGACGAUGAAGUGGACGCCGACGAAGAGGAGGUCGACGGUGACGGUGAUGAAGAUGACGAGGAAGAUGAGAUCCCGGAAGGUGAGGAAGAUCUCGAAGAAGGAGAAGAUGACGAUGAGGACGAUGCAGAGGGUGAAGUGGAGGGGGACGGGGAUGACGAUGACGACGACGUAUAAUGAAGAAAGUAAGAAAAGUAUGCAAGCACGACGGGAGACGGGUGGCGGGAGAUGGAAUACGGAAGAGGGAAGAAGGUCGGAAGUUGGAAGAAUGGAUUACGAAAAGAACGGGCGGACCGUGCCAUCAUAGAAUCUUUAGCGGUCGAGGCCGCGAGAUGUUGUAAUUCACACUCAUAUUGAGGAGCUGAUUUUUCAGUUGGCGCGUGUCGGCCCAGGUCCGUUUGGGGUGCUGCUCCCGUUAUACCUACAAUUUAAAAAAAUGCUGCCACCUCGCCAGAGUUGCGGCGGGCUGAUACUCGGGCGCUGCAACCCCCAAUGUCUCGGUCCACCGCAAUCCUGGCUCUCCCCCCUCCCCCCAGCUAGCCAACAUCAAAUGCUAUUAGAUUGUUCAGCAGGAUAGAAAAGGGAAUCUGAAAAUAAAAAAAACAAAUAAAUAAAUGAAUAUCUUCCGCGUUGGGAAGCAGACGAAAUCGAAUUGUCAAUCGGAAUGACUUUUGGUAGAUGAAUUUUUAAAUGCAACGACAACAACAAACAAAAAACCUAUUGCACGGGAAUUAUAAGAAUACUAGCCAAAUAAAAUGAAGAAAUUAUAACAGGUUUGCGAAUCGGAGUAAUGUGGAGAAAGGGAUGAACAUUGAAUGGCGCGCGUUUGUUUGAACAACCUAAUAAUUGUAUUUGUCCGAUAACUGGCUGUUUUGCACGGGACACUUUUUUAACGAAGAAAGAAAGAAAAACAAAUAAUAAUAAUGAUAAUGAUUGUAAUAAAUACGAAAAAGAAAAACAAGCUUAUUUAAGAUAUACAGAAAGAAAAAACUCUAUUGUAUUUAAAUAGUGUAAAAUGGACAUUUGUGGGGUGAUGAUUUUUUUUACAUUUCAAAUCAAAUUUGAGUUCGUAGUUCGACGAAUGUCUCUCACCUAGCACGUGUGACUAGUUUUAUUUCAGACGGACGUGUAAUAGGCAGUUAUAAGCGGGGGUGUGAAAUUCGCAGAUAUUUUAAAUAAAUUUAUCUUACUUGAAAUUCUUAAUAAUUAAACCUCUAUGUAAACGAACCCGGAAGAAGACUCCGUUAUGCAUCUGCCGUCGCACAUGCGAUCUAAUUAUUUAGAUUUUAGUUUUUUUUAAUCGAAAAGAAAUUCUUUCGAGAAAACCAAACCAAAACGAAAAAAAAAAUAAAUAAAUUCCAUAAAAACUCAUGGGUUACUCAUAAUAUAAUUGCCAUCCUUUGCAGCAAAUGCGGAGUAUGUGCCUUAACAUGUAAAAAUAAAUACAAUUGUUUAUUGAAUUUCACACUUUUUCAACCGCAAAUAGAGACAUGAUGAAAAUAUAGAAUUAUACAAGCGCCGAGCAGUGUGGAUGAGUAUAUUGUGUGUCUUUAACGUUGCAUUAUAAUUACUAUACAUAGCAUGUAUAAAGUUAUGGACUAAGGAACAUUUUAUUAUUAAUGAAUAUAUUACGUAACGUAUAAUAGCGCGUAACGUCAAGAGACAUUGUCACAUGUGGAAGCGAGCUCUUCUAUGGACAGAGUAUUAUUAUUGUACCCACUUCAACGACCGAUCAUAUUAUACUAACAUAUUGAUUACAAUCAAUCAAAUGUAAAUCGUGUAUUUCACCGUUAUGGCUCAGCCGAGUAGAGAGCAAACUCAUAUUAACCAAUCAUCUUUUUCUACUCCAUAUCUUCCGAGCAUCUUCAUUUUUUUACAAACACGUGUCAGUUUCGACCUCCUCAUUACAAGCUCGCACUGUAGAAUAGUUAUAAUGAUAAUGAUAAUAAUGAUGAUGAUAAUAAUAAUAACAAUAAUCAUGAUGAUGAUAAUAAUAAUAAUGAUAAUAAUAAUAAUAACGAUAAAGAUGGUAAGAAGAAUGAUAACCCGAAUUUUGGCGAUACAACCGGAUGUUAUGCGGUGGGUGUAAUUUUGGAAAUACUCGAUCUACAGCAGAGCUCGUUUACAUUUCACAUUGUUAGACGUAUUUCACUCGUAACGUAAGUUGGAAAACAGUUUUAAUUUGUCCUAUCCUAACCGUCGUUGUAGACAUUGUAUUUUAAUAUAUCGCCAACUCUUGUAUAUAUAGCACUGGUACAGACAGAGGGUGCGGUAUAUGGAGAUGAAGGGAUCUUGAAACGACGCGCGGUUUUGUUAAAUAUGGAGUUAUCGCACUGUCGCGAUACCGGUGUACCCAACAUCAAUGAAUUUUGACUGAUGAAUGAUUACUUGCGAUUACUGUAAUAUCAAGUUUGAGUUUCGAUUCGCCGGGCAGCGAUCGAAAGGGGGUCCAAUUUCGUCGACCGCGCGUUCCAUCCGUUUUUACACGCUGCUGCAGCCCCUAACAAAAAAUUCAUUUCCAAAAGAACAUUCGAAUUGGCGAUUGUUGUUACAGGUCUAGGUAUAGGUAUAUACACAGUUUCGAUAACGAUUCCCACAGAUUUCAAUUGUAGUCGAUUGACAAUUAAAUCAAGACAAUUGAACGAUUAUCAAGAUAACUGCGGAUCCAGAUUAGAAUGAUACGAUUAUAUGAAAAUUAUGAUUUUAUGAUUGACGAGUUAACUAGAUGUACUAUCUUACAAUGUCGUAACUUAUUCUGGGAGACUGGUAGGCAAGAGGGGUGAUGAGACAUUGCGGUUACGAUACCAUUGUACCAUAGCUGCAUAAUAAUAUUAAUAUUAAUAAUAAUGAUAAUGAUAAAGAAAUAAUGAUAAUUUGAAUGCGAGACAAUGUCCCACGUUGUAAUGUACAAAUAUUUUCGAGGAAGUAGUUAAAUAAAUCGCAGUUAGAUUGGA